AUGUCUCUUGAAAUACCCUUGCGGAACUCUGAUGAGGUUAUCGAGCUCCAUCCAGAACAGUUACCAUCUGGAGAUGAAGUCCUCAGUAUUUUACAAAAGGAACGGGCGCAGUUGAAUGUUUGGAUAAACUUUGCUGUAGCCUACUACAAACAGAAGAAGAUAGAAGAUUUUCUCAAGAUAUUGGAAGCAUCUCGAGUGGAUGCUAACAUUGACUACAGAGAUGAGCGUGACCAAAUGCGGGCUCUCGACAUGUUGGCCGCGUACUACGUGCAGGAGGCCAACAAGGAGAAGUCGAAGGACAAAAAGAAAGAGUUGUUCACGAAAGCGACUCUAUUGUACACCAUGGCAGACAAAAUCAUCAUGUACGACCAAAACCAUCUUCUCGGAAGAGCUUACUUCUGUCUGCUUGAAGGGGAUAAAAUGGAGCAGGCAGAUGCCCAGUUCAAUUUCGUGCUCAAUCAGUCCCCAAACAAUGUCCCUUCAUUAUUGGGCAAAGCUUGCAUUGCCUUCAACCGUAAGGACUACAGAGGAGCCUUAGCGUUUUACAAAAAGGCUUUACGGACAAACCCGGAUAGUCCAGCAGCCUUACGUUUAGGCAUGGGGCACUGUUUUAUGAAGCUCAAUAACCAAGAGAAAGCCAGGAUGGCUUUCGAAAGAGCCUUGCAAUUGGACCCGCAGUGUGUGGGUGCCUUGGUCGGACUUUCCAUCCUCAAACUGAACUUACAAGAGAGUGAAUCAAACAAAAUCGCAGUCAUCAUGUUGUCAAAAGCGUAUGCCAUUGACCCAAAAAACCCCAUGGUAUUGAACCAUUUGGCCAAUCACUUCUUUUUCAAAAAGGAUUACAGCAAGGUGCAACAUUUGGCCCUGCAUGCUUUUCACAACACGGAGAACGAAGCGAUGCGUGCAGAAAGCUGUCACCACCUCGCGAGAGCGUUCCACGCGCAGGGAGACUGCGACCAAGCCUUCCAGUACUACUACCAAGCCACACAAUUUGCACCGCCUAACUUUGUGCUCCCACAUUACGGUCUCGGCCAGAUGUAUAUUUAUAGAGGAGACACAGAAAAUGCGGCCCAGUGUUUCGAGAAGGUGUUAAAAGCCCAGCCAGGGAACUACGAAACCAUGAAGAUCCUGGGGUCUCUGUACGCGAAUUCCACGUCGCAGUCUAAACGCGACAUCGCGCGGCAGCACCUCAAGAAAGUCACGGAACAGUUUCCUGACGAUGUCGAGGCAUGGAUCGAACUCGCGCAGAUAUUGGAGCAGAAUGAUUUGCAGGGUUCUCUCAAUGCAUACAGUACAGCAAUGAAAAUCCUCAAAGAGAAAGUCAAUGCUGACAUCCCUGCGGAGAUCCUAAACAACGUGGCAGCUCUCCACUACAGGCUAGGAAACUUGAAUGAAGCUAAAACCUAUCUAGAAGAAGCUCUUGAAAGAGAAAAGGCAGAUGCAGAGACACUAGACGCACAGUACUACAACUCGAUAGCGGUGACCACGAUGUAUAAUCUGGCGCGACUGAACGAGGCGCUGUGCAGUUACAACAAGGCUGAGAAACUGUACAAAGACAUAUUGAAGGAACAUCCGAAUUAUAUUGAUUGUUAUUUGAGGCUGGGCUGCAUGGCCCGCGACAAGGGCCAGAUCUACGAAGCCUCCGAUUGGUUCAAGGAAGCCCUGAAGGUGAACACGGAGCACCCGGACACGUGGUCGCUGCUGGGCAACCUGCACCUGGCCCAGCAGGAGUGGGGCCCGGGCCAGAAGAAGUUCGAGCGCAUCCUGCAAAACGCACCCACCUCCAACGACGCCUACUCGCUUAUUGCGCUCGGAAAUGUAUGGCUGCAAACCUUACACCAGCCGUGCCGGGAGAAAGACAGAGAGAAGCGGCACCAGGAGCGAGCAUUAGCCAUGUACAUGCAAGUCCUCAAGAACGAUCCCAAGAACAUCUGGGCUGCUAACGGCAUCGGAUGUGUGCUUGCGCAUAAAGGUUGCGUGAACGAAGCUCGCGACAUAUUCGCGCAAGUUCGCGAGGCUACGGCCGAUUUCCCGGACGUCUGGAUGAAUAUUGCACACAUUUACGUCGAACAGAAACAGUAUAUCAACGCUAUUCAAAUGUACGAGAACUGUAUUCGCAAGUUCCGUAUGCACCACGACGUGGAAUGGCUAACGUGGGUAGCGCGCGCUCACGGUCUAGCGGGCAGACCGGGUGCCGCGCGCGCCGCGCUAUUACGCGCUAGACGAGUAGCGCCGCACGACCACGCGCUAUUGUACAACACCGCGCUAACUCUAAGAAGAUUGGCUGCCCACGUGCUUAAAGACGAACGCUCGGAGCUCAAUAGGGUUCUGCGAGCCGUCCACGAGCUUCAAGUGUCACACGAAUACUUCCAACGCCUGGCCUCGGCUGAAGGCGGCGAGGGCGCGGAACGUGCACGCUACGAGCCGGGCGCGGCGGCGGGCGAGGCGCGCACGUGCGCCGACCUGCUCUCGCAGGCGCAGUGGCACGUGGCGCGCGCGCGCCGCCAGCACGACGAGGAGCUCACGCUGCGCGACCGCCAGCGCGAGCAGAGGGAGGCCUUCCGCAGGCAGCAGGAAGAAGAACGCAAACGCCGCGAGGAAGAACAAGCCAAGAGCACAGUGGAGAUGCUACAGAAACGUCAAGAAUACAAAGAGAAGACCAAGAACGCGCUACUAUUCGCCGACAUGCCGCCCGAAGGCAAGCCUAAGGGCCGCCGCCGCCGCGACGAAUAUGUCUCAGACUCCGGCAGUGCCAGUCCCGGACCAAGGGAAGAAGGGUGAAAAGGCCGCAAGAAGCGUGAAGGCGGCGAAGCGCGUAAGAAAGGCACCAAGAAACGCCGCGAGCGCGCCGGCUCAGGCAGCGACAGCGACCCGCCUCGCAAGCGCGGACGCAAGAAGGGCGAAAAAGGCAUCGGCCGCCGCGAAAAAGCGAAAGCGGCUGACGAGAAGCUCAGCGCGAAACAACGUGCGAAAAUCGUCUCCAAGGAAACCAUAUCUACCUCGGAGUCCGAAGAAUCCGACGCGGGCCGUAAAUCGCGCAGCCGAAGCCGUAGUCGCAGUCGCAGCCCGCCGGCCAACAAAGGCCGUAAGAGAAUCAUGUCGGCGUCUGACAGUGACAGGUCCAGAUCUCGGUCUAAGAGCAGAUCUAAGUCCAAAUCUCGCAGUCGAUCGAGAUCCAAGAGUCGUUCAAGAUCUAAAAGUCGGUCGCGUUCUAAGAGCCGAUCACGUUCCAAGAGCCGAUCGCGUUCUAAGAGCCGCUCCAGAUCUAAGAGCCGUUCCCGGUCGAAGAGCCGCUCCAGGUCGAAGAGCCGCUCCAGGUCGAAGAGCCGCUCCAGGUCGAAGAGCCGCUCAAGGUCGAAGAGCCGUUCCAGGUCAAAAAGCCGCUCAAGGUCGAAGAGCCGUUCCAGGUCAAAAAGCCGCUCUAGGUCGAAGAGUCGAUCGAGCUCGAAGAGCCGUUCGAGGUCGCGAUCCAGGUCCAAGAGCAAGUCCCGCUCGCGGUCACGGUCGAAGAGCAAGUCGCGUUCGCGUUCGCGCUCGCGGUCGAAGAGCGGCUCGCGAUCUCGUUCGGGCUCGCGCUCGCGAUCACGUUCGGGUUCGCGCCACUCGCGACCCGACACGCCUGUAUCAAGAAAGUCGGUGUCGGCCAGCGAAGACGAGGCGUAAGCCAAAUAACACCUUAUCUCGCCACCACAACGAUAAAAAUCCCGUGAUUGAAGUGACCCGUAGAAAUUAGAAUUUAAGGCAAACACCAUUCGGUACCAGGAUAUAAUUCGUGGUCC